AAUCGUGACCGGAAAAGAGGUUUUCUAAUUAGGCUGGUGUAACUAGACACUGUUCAGAGUGGAAAUCGUCUUUAUCGUAGUAGCAACAUGCGUUAAGUUUAGACAUACAUUACGCUCUAAUCAAUAUCGGUCGACUGUUUCAGCUUGACAGUUGCAGCCGUAAUUAUAGCUAAUACAGAUAGGAGGCCACUUUAUAGCCAACGACAAUAAUUUACUUCUCAUGGUAUAGGUAGCUCUACAUUAUGUUCAGUUUUCACAAGCUACCGAUUACAUUCAAAAUCGAGAUCAAUGUUUUACUGCUGGUUGUUACAUUUCUCGGACUUCUGACCAGGCUGCGCGGGAUUCAGUUUCCAAGAGCUGUUGUGUUUGAUGAAGUUUAUUAUGGACAGUUUGUAUCUCUGUACAUGAAACAAGUGUUUUUCGUCGACGAGAGUGGGCCACCUUUUGGCCACAUGAUUCUCGCACUUGGAGCCUAUCUGGGAGGAUUUGAUGGCAACUUUGUCUGGAACAGAAUAGGAGCAGAAUACUCCAGUAAUGUACCUGUUUGGAGCCUGAGAAUCCUUCCUGCCGUGGCAGGUGCUCUGUGUGUGCCACUGGGGUACCUGUUGAUGCAGGAGUUGGGUUAUUCCCAUCUCAUUGCUUUAAUGGCGUCUGUGCUUCUCUUACUUGAAAACUCACUGAUUGUCCAGUCCCGCUUCAUGUUGCUGGAGUCUAUCCUCAUCUUCUUUCUGCUGCUGGCUGUGGUGUCCUAUCUGCGCUCGUGUAAAGCUCCUAGUGGUUCAUCGAUCAGGUGGGUGUGGCUGACUCUGUCAGGUGUGGCCAGUGCGUGUGCAGUUGGAGUCAAAUACAUGGGUCUGUUCACGUACCUGCUGCUGCUGGGCCUGGCAACCGUUCACGUCUGGCAGCUCAUUGGAGACAAGUCAUUACACUUGGCCGCUGUUGUGAGGCAGGUUGUGACUCAGUUUUUGGCCCUGAUUGUGCUCCCGCUGGGCCUGUACUUGGCCUUCUUCUACGGCCAUCUGAGCCUCCUCUGCCACAGUGGGCCCCAUGACCAGAUGAUGAGCAGUGCCUUUCAGGCCAGCCUGGAGGGCGGGCUGGCCCGCAUCACCAAGGGUCAGCCUCUGGAGGUGGCGUACGGCUCUCAGGUCACCCUCCGCGGCGUCUCCAGCAAACCCGUGCCGUGCUGGCUCCACUCGCACAAGGCCAACUACCCCAUCAGGUAUGAAAAUGGCCGUGGCAGUUCCCAUCAACAGCAGGUCACCUGUUACCCUUUCAAAGAUGUCAACAACUGGUGGAUCAUCAAAGAUCCCAGAAGACAAGACCUGGUGGUCAGCAGUCCUCCCAGAGCGGUCCAUCAUGGGGACACCAUUCAACUUCUCCAUGGGAUGACCUCGCGCUACCUCAACACGCAUGAUGUUGCUGCUCCUAUGAGUCCCCACGCCCAGGAGGUGUCUUGUUACGUGGACUUCAACGUGUCCAUGCAGGUCCAGAAUCUUUGGAGAGUGGAUAUACUGAACAGAGAGUCGGAGAGAGAGACCUGGAAGACUAUUUUAUCAGAGGUGCGAUUGGUCCACGUCAACACAUCAGCCGUGCUGAAGCUUAGUGGAGCUUCUCUGCCAGAUUGGGGUUUCAGGCAGCUGGAGGUGAUUGGAGAUAAAGUCUAUAAGGGCUACCAACAGAAUGGCAUGUGGAACGUUGAGGAACACCGCUACGGAAGGAGUCAUGAACAGAAAGAGAGGGAACUGGAGCUGAAUUCUCCCACUCAUAUUGACAUCAGCUACAACCUCAGCUUCAUCGCCAGAUUUGUAGAACUGCAGUGGCGAAUGCUGUCUGUAAAAGCUGAGGAGUCGGAACACAAGUACAGCUCUUCACCUGUCGAUUGGAUCACCAUGGAGACCAACAUUGCAUACUGGCUUCAUCCUUCAAACAAUGCUCAGAUCCACCUCAUUGGAAACUUCGUAACUUGGACGAUGGCAAACAUUGCAUUGGUUGUGUAUGGUCUGAUGUUCUUGGUAUAUCUCUUGAGAAGACGCAGAAAAAUACAAGAUAUUCCUGAAGCUAGCUGGAGUCAGAUGGUGCAGGCUGGAACGGUGUGUGCUGGAGGGUGGGCGGUGAACUAUCUCCCCUUCUUCACGAUGGAGAAAACACUCUUUCUUUACCACUACUUGCCGGCACUCACCUUCCAGAUAUUACUCAUCCCGGUGGUGCUGGAACACAUCCACUCUCACGUCCUCAGGUCCCCAUCACAGCGCUGGGCAUUUGGUGGGGUGGUCGCAGCAGCGUUGUCUGCGAUGUUCCUGGCCUACCACACCAUCUCACCCUUCACCUAUGGUCACGUGGAGAUGACCUCGGAUCAGUUGGCCACGCUGCGCUGGAAAGACAGCUGGGAUAUCCUGCUGCGUAAACACUAAUGCUCAACUCACCUCAACUCAAGGUUGUCCUUUAAUGGAGUAGGACAUGGACACCAAACUUGAAUUCAGAGUGCAUUUGGGAAGAAAUGAGGCCUUUGAGGACUGAUCCAUUUGGGGUCGUCACUAGUGCUUAUCUGGCUCAAACGCCAUAGCUAUGAAACGGUCUCCUGAUGUUUAUAUUUUUUUUCUUGUUUGUACAGUUUUAGUAGUUCUUAAUAAUAAAAAAAGAGAAGGAUAA